GUAUUUUAAUUUCAGAACUCAUAUUUCGCGCCAUUAAAAGGCAGCCAUUUGGCUUUACUGCGAACCCCGCGACAGGAAGUAAGUGAUGAAGGUGCUACGCAGGCGCAAAUUGACCUUUCGGUUUAAGAACCCGUCGGUCACAUAUCCACGUAUUUAAAGCACCGCACACAACAUGGGUGACAUUGAAGACACACACUUUGAGACCGGGGACUCCGGCGCCUCCGCGACCUUCCCCAUGCAAUGUUCGGCCCUCCGCAAGAACGGUUUCGUUAUGCUGAAGGGACGUCCAUGCAAAAUCGUUGAAAUGUCCACAUCGAAGACAGGCAAACAUGGACAUGCUAAAGUCCAUCUUGUGGGAAUUGAUAUAUUUAAUGGAAAGAAAUAUGAAGAUAUAUGUCCAUCAACCCACAACAUGGACGUGCCCCACGUGAAGCGCGAGGACUACCAAUUGACCGACAUAUCGGAUGACGGCUACCUCACCCUGAUGGCCGACAACGGAGACCUCCGCGAGGACCUAAAGAUACCCGAUGGAGACCUCGGCACCCAGCUGCGUUCCGACUUCGACAGCGGCAAAGAGUUGCUGUGCACCGUGCUGAAGUCCUGCGGCGAGGAAUGUGUGAUCGCAGUGAAGGCAAACACGGCUCUCGACAAAUAAACCAACUCAGCAUUUAUAGGGAUAUAACAAACAUAUAAUUUUUUUACAAUCAACAACUUACAUAAAUGUAAAACAUAAUAUUAUGUAUAAUUUAACGUAAAAUAUGAUCGUUCGACGCCGGUCCGUCGACGUCCGCUUCCGUCUCCGCGCACCACUCGGCCGGCGACAGUCGACGCCCAGGAGACCUUUGCUCAACCUAACCGCCAUGCGGGUCACAUUCACUUCGAGUCCAUCGACGUCGACCAGCAAUGUACGGGAGCUGGCGGGCGAGACGAGAGCGGACGGACGCGGAACUUCACGUUUGUUUUGUUUUGUUUGUUCUCUUUUCGCUUACUACGUCUCAUAGUUACGUUGCGAGUCGCCGAAAGUUUGCCGCGUGGACACCGUCGGGGAGAUGGACGCAAACUUGAAGUUAUCAUCGUAAUUUAACGCUAAUUUAAUCGAUACAUUAACAGGACCGAUAAAAAAAGUAUAAAAAAAUUUACAAAAAAAUAGAAAUAAAGAAAAAUUCUUGAAUGAUGUGUGUGAUUGAUCUGUCCUCUGUGUGAGCGCAGCGCGCCGGAGACCUUACGCGUAACACUCGUCAUCUGUUCAAAUUAUUUCGACUCGAUAACUUAUUUUCGUAUAGAGCUAUCUAUACUGCAUGAAUCACCUCCCAAAAUUCGCCGUCACGUAUCGAUACCGAUCGGUGACAAAGACUGACCACUGUCACUUGAAAAUACAAUAUCUUCAGUCAAGACUGAAAUGCAUUUUUAGAUAAAAUAGUUGAUUAUUCUUAUAUAAACUUAGCACUAGAUGAAUACGUGCUGAAGUCGGCCUUUCCUUGCUCUCUUUGAUUUGAACAUAUGAUCUAUGUUACCGAAUGGCUCGCUAUUACUCUAGGUAUAGUUCCGGCCGUCGUAUUGCAAGUGCCGCCUUCGGAGGCCACGUAGGGUACUAUGCACUUGUAUAUCCUUAAAAAUUAUCGAUUUUUAACAUCAAAUUGUCAAAGACGAUAUGAUAUACUAAAUAUUAUGUAAGAAUGUAAGGUAAGGCCCUAUAGAAAAGAUAUUUUUUUAUGCAUUCAAAAUUCAUACAUCGCAAAUUUUAGUUAAAAUUUUAGGCCGUUCGACUUGAACAAGUAACUUUUGUUUUGUUCUCAGUUUGAAAUGUACAUUAUUUUCAAAAUUGCAUAAUCGUUAUUGUUGGUGAUUUUUUUUUAUAAUUAGCAGCUUGUAAUCAAGUUUUUUAUUUAUAAAACCGAACUAAAGUAUUUGUAAGGACAUCUGCCGAUGUAAAAUAAAAUACUUUAGUAAUGA